AUGAAAUCCCUACUCCUCAUUGCCUUGGUUUGUGUUGCCGCUGUCUAUGCGUAUCCUGGUAUGUACCAGAACUAUAGAUAUGGAAUGGGAAGGUACAUGGGUGGAUCUAGCUACUACCCAGGAUACGGGUAUCAAGGAGGUUACCAAGGAGGUUACCCAGGGAGUUACGGGGGAUAUAACAGCUAUGGUUACAUGAACAGCUACCCAUACUCAUACGGCGGUGGUGGACAGGGCGGAUAUUAUGGGUACGGAUCUAGGAGAAGUUUCUACUGA